CUAGCUUCUUUUUUCCUCCGCUGGAAGCCAUGAUGGAAGUUUGAGAGUUGAGCUGUGUGGAGAGACCGAGAGAGACGACGGGAAGAUGAUUCCUGUGGAUAAAUGUGCGUUGUGGAGGUUGCUGUGAAGGCCGGGUGUUGGGGGUGUGAGAGGCGGAGGCUGGCGGCGGAAAUCGCGGCGACCUUUUGAACGGAGGAGAUGAGCUCUGUCAGUCUCACCAGGACGGCUGGGGCUUUUUAAAGGUGGAGGAGAGACAGACAGAGAGACAGACAGACAGACAGACACAGAGGCAGAAAUGGCCCCUACAGACUGAUCGGGAGUGAGCAGGGACGUUUGGUGGCUCCUGUGACCCCUGCAGCAGAGGCGAUGGAGAGGUUUUGUUCCCCGGUUCUGAGGUAAAUCACGGCGGAUCUGAUGCUCUGCGUUUGGGCUCCUGGAGGAUCGGAGAGCCCUUUUCUCUCCUGGAGGAUUGGGACACUCAGGAUUUCUGCUUUCGUUUUACUCUCCACGAGCAUCCUGAUCAGCUUUAGGACACAUUUAUAAACCCUGUGCUAUGUCUGUGACAGACCCUGAGACCGUCAGCUUCAGGCCUGCUGGAGUCUGGAGGAGGACUGGAGCCCUGUUUGGGCCCUUACAGCUUUAGGACUCUCGUUUAUAAGCUCAUUUUAUUCAUUAGCAGCUCUUUAUAAAGCGAGUUGAAGCUUUCUGGAAAAUAUCUAUAUAUAUAUAUAUAUAUAUAUAUAAGGUUCAGGGCCUGCUUGGUGUUCAGCUUCAUAUCUCUCUCUCUCUCUCUCUCUCUCUCACACACACACCUACCUUCUAGAACUACUACUUCGAACAGAACCGACACGGCGUAUUCCGAGUCCGAAUCCUGGUCCACACGUCCAAAAAGACCCGAAUUUAACCCUGCUUUUACGGCGUAUAAACCCUAACUCUUCGUUUUAAUCUCAGAACCGUUCGAAGAAGGGAUACGGCGUGAUUUCCAUCGUAGACUGGAAUAUCAUAGUCCUGCUUUUCCAUCCUGCUGGAGAGGAUCCGUCUUCUCCAUCUCAAACAGUUCCGCUCGUCAUCAGGAGGCCUGAAGAACCGCGAGGAACGUCCAAGACAUCCAUUCGAAAUCUGAUUUUACACCCAGAAGCUGUAACUCCUUUUCUUUUUCAGGAUUCGGAACGCUCUACAAGGCCUGCUUUUGACUUAAGGUUUAAAAAUAAUCCAGGUUUUCGCAUCCAAGACCCCGGACAGCGUCUUUAUGUAUUUAUGUAUUAAGCAGAUCCAAGAACUUUCUGGACACAGGUAUACGCUUAACGUAAUUAGGAGCGGUUUCACUACCAGGAUCUGCUGGAUCGGACAGGAUCUCCGAAGCCGUCGUGUUGUGUCAUAGACACGUGUAAAUAUCUGAAUCUGCUUUAAAACGGUGCACACGGGGACGAACGACUUUCUAUCCGGAAUCGUGUUCGUCGGUGAACUUGGGAUCUGCGAUGGCCUUCAUUAAGCAGAUUGUGAGCCGAGAAAAGAGACGAUACCAAGAAGAUGGCUUCGAUCUGGACCUUACAUAUAUUUACCCGAACAUCAUCGCUAUGGGGUUUCCAGCUGAGAGACUGGAGGGAGUUUACCGCAACAACAUAGAUGAUGUCGUACGGUUUUUGGAUUCCAAACACAGAAACCAUUACAAAAUCUAUAACCUAUGUGCAGAACGACACUAUGAUACGGCCAAAUUCAACUGUCGGGUGGCUCAGUACCCAUUUGAAGACCACAACCCCCCUCAGCUAGAGCUCAUCAAGCCGUUCUGUGAGGAUCUCGAUCAGUGGCUUUCCGAGGACGAGAACCACGUUGCAGCAAUUCACUGCAAAGCAGGAAAAGGGCGCACAGGGGUGAUGAUCUGUGCUUACCUGUUGCAUCGUGGGAAAUUUAAGGAGUCGCAGGAAGCUCUGGAUUUCUAUGGAGAAGUGAGGACGAGGGACAAGAAGGGUGUGACAAUCCCGAGUCAGCGGCGGUAUGUGCACUAUUACAGCUUCCUGCUGAAAAACCGUCUGGACUACAAACCCGUGGCUCUGCUCUUCCACAAGAUGGUGUUCGAGACGCUGCCCAUGUUCAGCAGUGGCACCUGCAAUCCUCAGUUUGUUGUCUACCAGCUGAAAGUGAAGAUCCACACGUCGCAUCCGGCUCACACAAGGCGAGAGGACAAACACAUUAUUUUCGAGUUUCCUCAGCCGCUUCCUGUGUGUGGAGACAUCAAAGUCGAGUUCUUUCAUAAGCAGAACAAGAUGAUGAAGAAGGAGAAGAUGUUCCACUUCUGGGUGAACACGUUCUUCAUCCCCGGGCCGGACGAGAGUGGAGAGCGAGUGGAGAAUGGGUCGGCUAUGAACGACAGCGACAGCCACUCGUCCAAUCAGAGCCAGAGCUCUCCCUCUGAGCGGGAUAGAGGGAUGGGCGGAGGGGAGAGAGAGAAAGACAGGGAGCGGGACGGAGAGAAAGACUACCUGAUUCUCGGGCUGACGAAGAACGACCUGGACAAGGCGAAUAAAGACAAAGCGAACAGAUACUUCUCUCCUAACUUUAAGGUGAAGCUGUUUUUCACGAAGACGGUGGACGAGGCGUCGAACUCUGAGGCGAGCACUUCCACCUCUGUCACUCCGGACGUUAGCGACAACGAGCCAGAUCAUUACCAUUAUUCGGACACGACCGACUCGGACCCCGAGAACGAACCGUUUGACGAGGAACAGCACACACAGAUCACGAAAGUCUGAUCUCUCACACACUCGCCACACACACGAAUUCAGCUACCUAUAAUAGACAUGGACAUUAAAAAAAAAACAAACAGCCAACCAACACCAGAUGGGGGGGGGGAAAAGGAGAAAACUUGAAAAAUGUACUGAAGAGAAAAGGACCUGCCCACGUUGCCCUCGCUAACCAAACCAUCACUUCUGCUCUCCUGACCAAGCUCUGCAUUAUUAUUAUUAUUAUUAUUAUUAAAUGGAUAUCUACACCAUUGGCUGAGGCAAGUGGGCGGGUCCUGUAGCUACUCUGUAUAUAUAUCUAUAUAUAAAUAUAAAUCUAUAUUAAAAAAAAAAAUCCAGUUUUGUGUCAGAUGAUAAACUUGGCAAUCAGGCGAGGAGAGGAGGAGCAGGACGGACGAAGACGAAAUCACGCCCGUUUAUUUCUCAAUGGUUCUUCUUUUUUCUUUCCUUCUCUUCACCCAGGCCAGUGCUGCAGUCGCCAGUCGCUCCCUCCGUCUCCUCAUCUCCUUCGCUCCCUUGUGAAACCCCGCCCAACCUCCACCCCUCUCUCCCUCCCUCCCUCCCUCCCUCGCUCGCUCAGUCUCCUGUCCCCUCCCAGGGUGUGUGCUGAUUAAUCAGACGACAUACCGCGAUAUUCAGUAUGAUGUUUUAGACAUCAGAGUGACGUGUUCUCAAUAUCCAACGUCAGCAGUGCACUAGAAUAACUUUAGAUGACUUUAAAUCAACUUGAAUGAGACACAGCCGAGAUGUUUUGAACACGCGUUGUGAUGUCAUCGGAGUUUUUUUUUUUUUGGUCGUUCUGGUUUUCUCGUCCCCUCAGAUAAAUCAAAAUGAUUUAAAUAAUUAAAUAUAUUGUGUAACAUUACAAUAGUUUACAGUUAAAUGAAUUUUUUGCAAGUGACUUGAAUCACAGUUGAUCAUCAGGGGCGGAGCUUCAUCCUAACAAGCUCCAUUUGUGACCUAUCCAAAAUGGCCGCCUUGCGAAAAUAAAAGCAUACGACGUUGUUCAGGAAUCAAGAGUGAACAGGAAGAAUGAUACCAAACCCGGGGCUAAUCGUGCGUUCAGACGUAACUGAAACGUUGCGAGGACAUUGUUGCUAGGCAACCGGAAAAGGUAUCAGCUAGGUAAUGAUUAGCUAGCUUUUGAUUUGGCUAGCUAAGUGUUUCAAACUAGCGAUGUAAAGGCAAAGUGACCUUAUGAACCGGAUAGAACGAUCAGGAUCAUCAACGUUUACCUCAGAUGUGUCCAUGAAUUACUAAAAAUACUUCAAGACUGAAAUUGUGUUAUCUGUAACUACAAUUAGCAUCAGCUGCUGACACAUCGUUACUAUUUGUAUCUCUGAAGGUACAAGUCGUUUAUUUAUUUUUAUAUUGAAUCGUAAACUUUCUGAACGUUAAAAUGUGACUGUUAGGGGCAGGGCUAAAAAAGAAAAGGCUAGUCGUUGGUCCUGUUGCAUUUUGAGGAGUGAAGGUGACCGGUAGCUGGCUGUUUUAUUUAUUUUAUUUUUUUUUGAGUUUGAAAAUCUACUGCUGCCUGAUGUCGUCGCAGUGGCAUCCAUAAACUCCGCCUCCUUUUUGCCAGUGAGAUCAUUUCAGUGAAAAAAAAAAAGCACGGCUGUGGGGCUGUUCGUGAUGUUCAGAUGACUGACUGACUGUUAUUUUUUUUAGAUUAAAUCCCAACUGCCACCUUAUGAGAUCACAGGGGCGUCCUAACAGUCGGUGUAACUCCGCCUCCUUUCCGUUACCGAGCUCGCAGUCAUGUCAUUUUGAGUGCUCUAUAUUUUUACACAAUAUAUUUAAUUUUUUAAAAAUUUAUUUAAAAAAAAAAAAAGGAUGUCGCUCCGUCAGCACACGCCCGUUUCCCUUACUGUGAAUGCUUCUUGUGCUGUCCGCAAGCCCCUCCUACUCAACCCAUAUGACCCUGCCCCUUUACGCUGUGAACCAUGAAUUCUGGGAUGCGUAGUUCUUUCCCCCACCCUUCCCCCACCGUUUCCUCGCUGUGUAUAAUGUUAAACUUUGCAGAAAGAAGAAAACCAUGUAAUUGUCCUGUUUUUUUUUUUUUUUUUAAUCCUAAGAUAAUAAAUCUAUAUAAAUAUAUCUAUAUAUAAUACACAGAAGCGCAGGGAACCAGUGUUUGCAAUAAUGUUAACACUCAACAUUUAAAGGACAAACUGGUGUGCAUGUUAUAUUGGAGUUAGUGUACAUGUUUAAUAAAUGCUAUACAAUGUGUUUUUAUUAAA